AUGUUGGAUCAGAUUCAUCUGCUGGCUGCCGUGACAGUCCUGGGAGUCCUGGAGCAAGCCUACUUCAUCCUCCAGGUGAUCUAUGCCAGGAGAGUGUUUGGUGUUUCUCCUCCAAAGAUCUCAGGCCCACCUGAAUUUGAGAGGAUCUUUCGAGCACAGGUGAACUCCUCUGAGUAUUUUCCCCUUUUCCUAGCAGUUCUGUGGCAGGCUGGACUCUUCUUCCAUCAAGGUCUGGCUGCAGCCUUGGGUCUGCUCUAUCUCUACACCCGCUACUGCUACUUUAUGGGAUACAAGGCAUCAUCCUCAGAAAGGCUCACCCCAAUAUACUUCAGCAGUGGAGUUCUCUGGAUUCUCCUUGCAGCAUCAGCCCUGGGCAUCUCACAUUUCUUCCUCUCUCACUAUGUGGGGCUGAACAUCCUCCAGCUUCUCACAGCAUGACCUGCUCCUCUGUCUCUCAUCA